AUGCUUGCCAUCGCCCUCGCCACCCUCGCCCUCGUCGCUGCGGCGCCCACGCCCUCCACUCUCCUCCGCUACCACCCCAGCGUGUCGGGCAACUUCUGCCUCUCAGGCAUGGACAGCGGCUACUGCAGCGUCGACGGAUGCGGUCUCGGCCUCCAGAACUUCGAGCUUGCUGGCGGCCAGCUCCGCCAGACCGAGGGCGGCUACAACAUGUGCAUCUUCCCCGAGCAGGAGCGGAACGGUGCCAAGGUCAAGGGUGCCAUCUGCACGGACGCGCACUCGCACUGGGCACCCGGGCCCAAGCCCGGCACCAUCGCGUGGAAGGGCUACUGGUGCCUCGACAACGCGUCCGGCAAGGCUGAGGAGGGCGCCACGGUCGAGAUCUGGAAGUGCUCCACCACGUACGUCAACAAGAACCAGGUGUGGUCGACAACCCCCGCCCCCGCCGGCGGCUGGUGAGACUCGAGGGCUCGGUGAUUUCCGGGCUCGAUAAUCGCCGGCGGUUUCGAGAUAUGAUCACAACGCAUCUCACCCAUGGACCUUAUAGCACGACUCGUUG